CAAGACUAUAAACGUCUGGAAAUUGAUGUAAAUAUAAUAUUAUGCCAUACAAGCGUAAAAAGUAUCAUGUGGGUGAUACUCAUCUGAAAAAACGUUGGAGAGUAAGGAAUAGGAAAAAGGACCUCGAUCAAAUUGAUGUAGAUCUACAGGAUGAUAAUGCUGAGAAGUUACUCAAUCAAGAAGUAGAUCUUGAUCGUCCGGGUGCCGCUCAACAUUAUUGUCUUCAUUGCGCGCGUUACUUCAUAGAUAAUCAUGCUCUUUUGGAACAUUUCAAAACAAAAGUUCAUAAAAGAAGAUUAAAAGCGUUAGAACUCGAACCAUACAGCAUAGAGGAUUCCGAACGAGCUGCUGGAUACGGAAAUUUUAAACUUCCGAGUAAACGAAAAAUUGUUACUCAAAAUUCAGAAAACACAGAUAUUACUGAACUAGAGGUCGACGAAGAAAGUCCUAAUAAAAAGAAAAAAGUUGAAGAAAAUGCUACAUAAACUAUAUACAAAAGUUCUAAACAAAAAAAUAUGUGAUUAUAAAAUAAUAUCAAAGAGAUGUUCUGCACUGUUUAUUAAUGGUCUGAAGGCAACUGAUAGUUUUGUUUAUAUUACACCUUAUAUAGAUUACAAUGAGCGUAUGAAAGAAAAAGAUUUAAUCAAAGCUGAAAUUGAAAAACGUAAA